AUGGUCAGGGCUGAUAUCCUCACUGAAGCAAUCGAGGCUGCUGUGUCACGAGCCAUAGCCGGGCUGGAAUCCAGCAAGCAGAAAGCAACUUCCAUCGAAGAUGUAAUCAAACAGACAGGCAUCCAUAGCCAAGUCAACGGUCACUACAAUGUCUUCCAAGUCAAGCCCGUGUUCAACGGUCCACCACCGCCCUACGACGUCAUGGAUUUUAAAGUCUCUCAGCCUCCCAUUAGCCAGAGGCCAACUGAGGAACCAGAGCCUACCGCCACGUCAGGCAGAACGGCCAACUCCAGCAGCUCAGAUGCGCUUGCUCCCAACGUCCCGCCUCGUGCACCGACGCCACCCUUGAGUGAGAUAGAGACUCCAGAACAAGACGGCUAUGGAGAAUCUGACGCUUCAGACUACGAAUCAGCGUAUGACCAUCAGCCAACUGACUUGCACAUGUCAGAAUGGGAAGCACAGCAAGCAUUCAACACCUACCUGAAGCCGCACCAAAUCGGCACGGGUCCCGGUUCCUCCUCGUCGCGGGCGGAAUCAAGCCGCAGCGGGUUCAUGAACCGCAAGGAAACGCUGUUCCUCUUUUUCAACUGCGACCGGCAACACAGGGCCCUCGAAGGGCGCCUGGACACGGGUGCCGACGACAAUUUCAUCUCGCCGCGCGCCGCGCGCGAGGUUGCGCACUCCUACCACAAAUACCGCGGCGAGCCGAUCGAAGUAGCCAAUGGUGUGAUUGAGAUGCCUGAGUGGCUGAUUUUCACAUAUUGGAGCAUCAAGAAUGAUGACAAUACGUUUUGGCAUAACAGCUUUAUUGUGUUCAACCACUUGCCCUGCGAUGUCAUCAUUGGGCAGGAGACUAUCAAGAAGAAUGAUAUUCUCCGUGCGAGCCCCAAGUAUCGGGGUUGCUUUUUGCUUCGGUUUACGUCUUCUGAAGGUAAGUAA